AAGGCCUGGCUGCUGGGGAAGGCCCCGCGCCGCUCGCCGCCAAACGUGUCCCCCCCCCCGGGGCCCUAGGAUGGUAAAAUGACCCAGGGGGGGAAGAAGAAGAAACGGGCCGUGAACCGCAGCAUCAUGCUGGCCAAGAAGAUCAUCAUUAAGGACGGCGGCACGCCUCAAGGAAUAGGUUCGCCUAGUGUCUACCAUGCUGUCAUAGUGAUUUUUUUGGAGUUUUUUGCUUGGGGACUUUUGACAGCACCUACUUUGGUGGUGUUACAUGAAACCUUCCCAAAGCAUACAUUUCUAAUGAAUGGCCUAAUCCAAGGAGUAAAGGGCUUGUUAUCGUUUCUCAGUGCCCCUCUCAUAGGUGCUCUCUCUGAUGUUUGGGGACGAAAGUCCUUCUUACUCUUAACAGUAUUUUUCACUUGUGCACCAAUUCCAUUAAUGAAGAUCAGCCCAUGGUGGUACUUCGCUGUUAUCUCUGUUUCUGGGGUUUUUGCAGUGACUUUCUCAGUGGUGUUUGCUUAUGUAGCAGAUAUAACCCAAGAACAUGAAAGAAGCAUGGCCUAUGGGCUGGUUUCAGCAACUUUUGCAGCAAGUUUAGUUACCAGCCCAGCUAUUGGUGCCUACCUUGGUCGAGUCUAUGGAAACAGCUUGGUAGUGGUCCUAGCUACAGCUAUAGCUUUGUUGGAUAUUUGUUUUAUUCUUGUUGCUGUACCGGAAUCACUGCCCGAGAAGAUGAGGCCAGCAUCAUGGGGGGCACCCAUUUCUUGGGAACAGGCUGAUCCCUUUGCAUCACUAAAGAAAGUGGGUCAAGAUUCUAUAGUGCUACUAAUCUGCAUAACGGUCUUUCUUUCCUACCUCCCGGAGGCAGGUCAAUAUUCCAGCUUCUUCCUAUACCUCAGACAGAUAAUGGGAUUUUCACCUGAAAGUGUUGCAGCUUUUAUAGCAGUUCUUGGGAUUCUCUCCAUUAUUGCACAGACAAUAGUUUUGAGUUUACUUAUGCGGUCCAUUGGAAAUAAAAACACCAUCUUACUGGGUCUGGGAUUUCAAAUAUUACAGCUUGCAUGGUAUGGUUUUGGCUCGGAGCCUUGGAUGAUGUGGGCAGCAGGGGCUGUUGCAGCAAUGUCUAGUAUUACGUUCCCAGCAGUAAGUGCACUAGUUUCACGAACUGCUGAUGCUGAUCAACAGGGUGUUGUUCAAGGGAUGAUAACAGGAAUUCGAGGAUUGUGUAAUGGUUUGGGACCAGCACUUUAUGGUUUUAUAUUCUACAUAUUCCAUGUAGAAUUGAAUGAACUCCCAAUGACUGAAACUGAAUUGGGAGGUAACGUGGCCACACAACACCAUUCAGAACAGAACUCCAUAAUUCCUGGACCCCCUUUCUUGUUUGGAGCAUGCUCUGUGCUGCUGGCUUUGCUUGUUGCCUUGUUUAUUCCUGAACACACCAAUCUAAAUGCACGGUCCAGCAAUUGGAAAAAACACAGUGGCAGUCAUGGUCAUCCACACAGUCCACAGGCUCCUGGCGAGGCCAAAGAACCUUUAUUGCAAGACACAAAUGUAUGACAACAAAAUCCAGAAAAACGUUUUUAUAUUUCAUAGGUCUUGUUUCCAGUUCUGGAUACACAUUCCAUUUACAUAAAAAAUGUAAUUUCUUAACAUUAUCUUAAGAAACGUAUCUUUCUGCAUGAAAUUUGUAGGAACUACAGACAGGAACUGGAAAUUUCUCCAAAGAUGUUACAAUUAAAUUAACUUUUUAAAAAGAACAAACUAAGCACUGGUCUCAUACUAUUAAUAUAAUUAACCUUUUCAUCCUAGUUCUGAGACAAAAAGGAAAACAUAUUCAAGGUAUCAGCAUGUGGGUCCCUGUCUCCAUUUCCUUAAGGUGUAAAGCUUUAAUUCUCUUCAUGCUAAGUCUCAAUGAGACAUACUAGCAUAUUUGUGGACCCAUUCAUUUUAUGUUGUAAAAUUUUGGGUCAGAUAGUACAAAGCCUUAAUGUAAAUGCACUUAAGUAAGGAAAAGGUGAAUUGGUUUCAUUUUAAAAUCACUGUAUGGGAGGUUUUAUUUUAAGUUUAUACUAAUACAAAAUCAUGUGGUGAGCACACUUGCUGAACAGUAAAAGUUUUGUGUGUAAGUGCAUUACUUUAAUUCUUCCUAAUUUUUGGAGUACAAGAUAGUAUCAAACAGUUAGUAUUUAAAUUAGUGGGUCUUUUGAGCCUACAAGAUUUUAAUAUUGGCUCUGCUUUCUCAAAUACAGUUUAUACCACUAUUUCUGAUGUUUGCGUAAUCAUAAGGACCUCAAAACUUGAAUACACAAACUGAAAUAUAAGCUGAUAGCCUUGAAAAUGUCAGUGUGCUAUAUAGUGGCCUUUCAAGACUGGCUAGUAACUUUUUACUUUUACAGAGCUAAUGUUUUAGUCCUAAAUUUUCAGGACCCUAGUACAGGAGAGAGAGCUUUAUACAGUUACUGAUGUGAAUUUCUCUAAAAAUGUAUAUUUUUGUGUCCAGUUGUAUUAUUUAAACAAGUAUUCCUUUGUAUAAAUUGUGUAUAAGGUAUAGUUUAAAAUGUUUUCAUCUUGUGGUUACUGCUUACUGGUUUUUUAACUUUGAACAUUCAUCAUGGUUGACUGAGAGCUGGAAAAUGUGUAAAUAUAUUGUUAAUAAAUGAAUAUUUUAAUGAAUUUUUUAAAUUGUCUUUGAAAUCCAUUCAAACCAUAUAUCUGUAUAUGAAUUCUGUAAUGUCUUCUAGCCUGCUGAACGUACUGUAGCCUUAAUAUUGCUUUCUCACUUGCUGUCAAGUUUUUGGGUUCCUUAGUGCUUUAAAUGUAAUUUCAUUCAACAGACAAAUACCAAUUGUAGGUAAAUUGUGUGAAUUUUACCCUUUUCAUUCCCACAUACCUGUAAUAGCUUAUUUGUCCUUGUACUGCAAAAUUUUCAUGAAAAGCUUUUGCUUAAUAGUGGUA